AUGCGCUUCUUCCGGGCUCGCGACUCUACCUCCACAGCCGUCGCCGUUGUCGUGACAGCACUCGCCGCCUCAGUGUCCGCACAGACAUCUACGUCAUGCAACCCAUUGACAAAUUCCAAUUGUCCACCGGACACGGCUCUCGGUAUGGCCAUCGAUGUCGACUUCACAAAGGGCAGCGUCAACUCGUUCACAGCCACCGGCGGCGGAUCCGUAUCGUACGGCUCGGAUGGCGUAACCUUUACCGUUGCCAAGUCAGGCGACGCGCCUCAACUGUCGAGUAUCUUCUACAUCAUGUUCGGCCGCAUACAGUUUACCAUGAAGAGCGCGCCUGGCGCCGGCAUUGUCAGCACGCUUGUCAUGCAGUCCGACGACCUCGACGAGAUCGACAUGGAGUGGCUCGGCGCCGAUAACACCGAGGUGCAGACCAACUACUUUGGCAAGGGCCAGACAACGACGUAUAACCGCGGCCAGUUCAACCCGGCCGCCAACAACCAAGCCGAAUUCAUCACGUAUACAAUCGACUGGACCGCCGACCGCAUCGUGUGGUCCGUGGCCGGCACUGUCGUCCGCACGCUCAACUACGCCGACGCCGCCUCUGGUCAGUACCCGCAAACGCCUAUGCAGAUCAAAUUUGGCGCCUGGUCGGGCGGCGACACGGCCACGAACGCCGCGGGUACUGUUGAGUGGGCACGCGGUCCGACGGACUACUCGAAGGGGCCCUUUUCCAUGGUCGUCAAGGCCAUCCAGGUGACGGACUACUCGACGGGGAAAGAGUACAUCUACUCCAACACGUCGGGCGACUGGCAGUCCAUUGAGGCUGUCGACGGUCAGGUCGGCGUUAAUGUAGGCGUCAACGUUGCGACCCAAACUGCCACCGCAACGGCCGCUGCAGCCACAUCCCUGUCGCCUACUGUCCCGGCCGGUGGAAUCGGCGGUGGCGCCGCCUCUACCGAGUCUGGUCGGCCAUGGGUUCCGUCCUCUACGUCGACCGCCAUCAACACAAUUCCUAGCGGAUGGGUCAUGACACCGAGCGGCAAAAUUGUCCCUGCCAGCUCCAAUAUGAAUAGACCACCAUGCCUGUCGCUCAUCGCGCUGCAACUGUGUGGCUCUGUUGUCAUUGGAAUUCUCUCAUUUGGCGUGUCGCCAUUUUGA